CAAAUUUCAAAGAGCCAUCUCCAGUGUUUAGCCACCAUCUUAAAGAAGUUUAAAUGCUAAAAUUGAUCUGCUGAUAAUUCUCAUUUUCUUUCUUUUUCAAUAAACAGAGACUUUGAGAGAAGAAAGAUUGAAAGCCAGCUAAGGGGUUUCUUGAUCUUUGAGAAAGGGAUUAGUAGCAGUGUUUUUUUUUGUGUGUGUGGUUAUGGAAGAUGAAAAAUCGACGAUCGAAAUGGAAAGUAGAGAUAUUGAGCUUUUAAUCCCAGUCGCCGAUUCCGUCCGUGAUGAUUCCUCCAAACCGUCUUCUUCCUCUUCCCCGCGUCAUGCCGGUCAAGAGACCUUUUAUAAAGUUGUUAGGAGUUGGGCUUCUAAGAAGUUCAUGACAGGAUGCGUUAUUCUGUUUCCUAUAGCAGUCACGUUCUACAUAACAUGGUGGUUUAUUCACUUUGUGGAUGGCUUUUUCUCUCCAAUUUAUGUUCAUCUUGGAAUUGAUAUAUUCGGUCUUGGAUUUAUAACUUCUUUAACAUUCAUCUUCUUGAUUGGAGUAUUCAUGUCAUCUUGGUUGGGAGCAUCUGUCCUGAGCCUUGGUGAGUGGUUUAUCAAGCGGAUGCCAUUUGUUCGACAUAUCUACAAUGCUUCCAAGCAAAUUAGUUCUGCCAUAUCUCCAGAUCAGAACACACAGGCCUUCAAGGAAGUAGCCAUCAUAAGGCAUCCACGUGCUGGUGAAUAUGCAUUUGGGUUCAUCACUUCAUCUCUUACUCUGCAGAGCGAAUCCGGUGAAGAAGAACUAUGUUGUGUCUAUGUUCCCACGAAUCAUCUUUACAUUGGCGAUAUAUUCCUUGUCAAUACUAAGGAUGUUUUCAGACCAAAUCUAUCAGUCCGUGAAGGAAUCGAAAUCAUCGUGUCCGGAGGGAUGUCCAUGCCCCAGAUCCUGUCAACACUUGACACACGUUCGCCUCUCGAAAGAAGUAGAUCCGACAGAAGCUAAGGCCUGAAGUAG